AUGCCAUGGGUAUCUUUUAGGCAUAGCAUAGAACUGGGAGGUUUAGCAAGUCCUUCUCCUACUCUAGUUGCCAUUGAGCUAGGCAAGGAAAUACCCGUUUCGACAUUUGCGCUUGAAUCAUUGCGAUCUCUUAAAAAAAUGCCAUUUCCGAUGACAUUUGAAAACGUAAUAUUUCCUCCAAAUGGCGUGUAUAAAUUACCAGAAAUGCCAAGAGAACCAGUCUACGAUGAAUCAAAAGGCGAAAUACGCUAUAAAAGUGCUAAAAGGAUGAUUGAUGUUCGAGGAGUAGAAGAAAUUCAUACAGAAUUAAUACAUAAUCAAUAUGGAUUAGCGGUAAAAUCAGGUGGAUUUAUACGUUUCGAAGAUUUCGAUUAUGUGCGAAAUAUUUUAAACAAGAAAUUACUGGAUCGACAAUUCGCUAUUUGGCGAGUUCCAGCUCCAUGGUUACCUCGGACGCGGAAAGGCCAUGGAAAAAGAUUGGGUGGAGGUAAGGGUAAUAUUAAAGAAUAUGUCACACCAGUUCGUAAAAAUCGGAUUAUUCUGGAAUUAGGAGGGCAUAUAAUUGAACCAGAGGCCGUUGGAUAUUUAUUUCCACUUUGUCUCAAAUUCCCGUUUCCAGUUGAAAUCGUAAGUGCUGAAUUAUUAGCAAUACGACGACAAAAAGCUAAACUCAUUGAAGAUUUAAAUGAAAAUAAAUUUAAUUGGGAUCUCUUAAUAAAAUAUAAUAUGCAAGAUUGUAGAAGUUGGUUAUCAUCAUAUGAUAUUGCAUGGAGAGGACAGCAUAGGUAUGUGAUGUGCCAUAUCGCUUGUGCUCUAAGUAUUGCGGAAAAUAUAUUCCUUUUGCUUUUAACAUCGGUCUCUUCUUCCGAAAAUUAUGUAAUGCACAAAGUUUCUUUUGUGGGUUUUACGAUUUGUUCACUAAUUUAUAUGAUUGCUGCUUCGACACUUUUUCACUAUUCUGGUCGUCGGCGUACUUCUUCUUUGGGAGAACUUUCGUUUCAAUACAAAGUAUUAAUGUGUUUUUCGUCGUUUUUAUCAGUGCUAACUGCUGUAUACUUCUUUUAUCGACAUAAUGCCUACUGCGAACCGGGAAUUUAUAGUUUUUUUGCCAUUUCCGAAUAUGCUUUUAUUUUGUCGAAUAUUUUUUUUCAUUCUACUUCAGAUUCUUAUUCUUGUCUGGAUUGCAAUACUUCUUUUACUAGGAUUACGUAUAAUUCCCAUUUAAAAUGCGUAACGGAGGAAGUAAAGUAUGGUGGAAUAAAUCAUGUUCCCGUUGCAAAGAAAGGCGAAAUUAAACAAAAUUUAUGGGUCGAACAAGUCCAAAAAGCUAUUAAGAACGUUAAAAAUAGCGAGUUAAAACAACUUCUCGAAAAAAUUCUCAGUUUCCAUAACAUUCCUCGUAAAGAAAUCAAAUUUGUAAAUUUCUUGCAAAAUUCAUUUAGGAUAAAAGAUAAAGAAUUAUGCUUAGAGGCCUGGAAAUGCAUUAAUGAACAAAUGAAUCAUCUAAAAUGCAGUAAUGGAUUUCAAGAAAAAGUGGUUGAUUGCGAAAAGAAAAAUGGUAUUGAGCCAGACCAAGAUAAUUUGGAAGUAUCAAAUGAUCCGUCGAAAUCUAAAUUCAAAUGGAAAAAGGCAAUUAAAAGAACGCUGAAAAACGCUGAAAACCAUCAAAUAAAAUUAAAAAAAUUAAGAAAAUCGGUGAUCUCCGAAUAUCGUCAAUUGACUGAAAAUAUAGAAGAUGAAAAAAUUUUGCAGAAAAUAUUUCAUGAAAAAUUGAAUUCUUUAAAUGUUAUGAUAGAAGGAAAAAUGGUUUGUUUACGUACAAAUUCGUAA